AUGAUACAUUUCUUCUCUCUGGCCGUCGCUAAAGUUGGGAGGUUUCAUUACCAAUCCGGAGAUAGUAGUGGUGGAGGAGGUGCACAUUAUCCGGUGCCAAAUCCGGGGUUGUUUUCACCGCAGACCAAUGGUGGUAUGGCGGUGAAAGGAAACGUUCCGGUGGCUGGUGGGAAGAGAGGGAAUGGUCAAGCUGACAGAAACGGAAGAGAUGUUCAUAUGUUUGGUUGA